UAAAGCUUUCAAAGAAUGCCACAAGAAAUACGGGAAAGCCCUAAGAACCUUAGGAAACUCUUUGUAGGAUUUCUUGAAUGGGCUCAACAACUUUGUACAGUUGCUUAGAUCGAAAGAAAAAUGCAGUUUCUUUGAACUUCCUUCUCUUCACUGCAAGACAUCUGAGGACCAAUCAGAGCUCGACCUUCACUGCUACGAUGCACGCAUGCGCGACGAAUGGGAAGGCUUUGUAGCGGGUGUGGUCAAAAGCGCGACAAAAGUCUUGUUUGACAUUAUUGUUACAGUUGAGGUGACUAAGGACUACAAUAACAAGAUUCUUUUUCAAGUCGAUUUUAACGUGAAUCAUGCUGUAUUUAAGAGCCGUAAAAGUCCUCAAAAUCUCGUCGAAACUAGCCUUGCGACAUUACAGUACAUGAACAGAAAUCAAUCCACGUCUCCUACGGACUUGAAAAUUUCAGUGCCUGCCUUAUGUUCAGCGUUUCCUUUUCUUGUCAUAUUUGACGGAAGUCUUCAGAUUCAACAGCUCGGCUCGUCAUUGGCGAGGCUUCUUGGCCCUUUUCUAUCAGCACAGGAAAAAGACUUUAGCAAAUACUUUGAACUUUUAGAUCCCAAAGUUCAGCUAACAUUUCCCUCAAUCUUGGGUCGAAAAAAUGGCUCGUUUCUACUGCGCGUUAAAUUUGGUAACGAAGAUAGUGUUUCCCCUGAUGCAGUUGAACUGAGAGGCCAAAUGAUUCAUUUGCCGGAAUCGAAUUGCACUCUGUUCCUCGGAUCACCUCGUGUGGAGAGCAUUGAUGAACUCCAGGGCAGCGCUCUUUUCCUGAGUGACAUUCCACUUCAUGAUGUUACAAGGAGCCUUUUUCUUCUAAGUGAACAGGCCGUGGUGCAAGAUGGUCUCAAGAAAAGCAUGGAGCAGUUAAAAAUCGAGCUUCAAAAAGCCCAACGCGAACUAGCACUUGAAAAAUGCAAAACAGAAGACCUUCUUGAGUCAAUUUUUCCGCACGAUGUGGCCAAGAAACUGAUUCACAGGAAGACAGUUCCCGCAAGGUUCAUCGAAGACGUCACCAUCUUGUUCAGUGACAUCGUUGGGUUUACUUCAAUCUGUGGCAAAUGUGCUCCAAUGGACGUUGUAAACAUGCUAGAGAGUUUGUUUACAGAAUUUGACAGAAAAUGUGAGCAGCCGGAGCUAAAUAAGAUAACUACUGACAGGGAGACGAUUGGGGACGCUUACGUGGUAGCCGGAGGCCUUCAGAAAGAUUGUGGGACAGCGGAUGAUGCUGUCAAUGUGUCAAUCAUGGCUCUCAGAAUGAUUGACGUUACAGAAAACGUACUGUCACCUGAAGGGCUUCUUCUCAGGAUGAGGAUUGGUCUUCACACUGGUUCAGUGUUAUCUGGUGUCAUUGGAGCCAAAAUGCCUCGUUACUGUUUGUUUGGAAAUAACGUCACUGUUGCCAACAAGAUGGAGUCUGAUAGCGAGCCUGGCAAGAUCAAUAUCAGUUCUACCACUUACAGGUAAACAAGGCCCUCUAGCAGACAAGUAAGACUCAAUCCUCCUUCACACGUGACCUUUUUUCUUCACUUACAUAUUGCCUUUUUUUUCUGUAGUGAGAGAGUACGACAUAACAAUUAGGAGUAAACGUCGAUGCCAGGCCCUUUUCCCCACUUGGACCCUGUGAGGUUGAAUUUAGUCCGGGAAUACCCCCUGCUCUUUCUCUCCCUCGCAGACUCAACACUCGUCACGAAUAGUUCUGUCUCUUGCUUUGUAUUAAGACGAGGUUAAUUUUAUUCUGUUCUAAUCAUGUCAUGCAUGUGUCUUGUUCCUUCUGUUACAGGCUGAUCUGCAACUAUGAAAAAUUCCGAUUUUUUUCCUCGUCCAAUGGAGGGCCCCGGAAAGGUGUCACGUGAUGUGUGGAACGAAUGCCGAUAUUUUCUACAGUGGAGGCCUGGGCACAGACCGCCGCCCGUUUCAAGACGUACCUUUCAAAGAUGCUUAUUCAUAGCUAACAAAAAAAAGAAUACAUUUAUAGGGUUUUGCACUGGAAAGGCUUGUAAAUGGAAGUACAUACACUUUCUUCUGAUGUCAUAACUGCCAUUAAUUCCACCAAAAAGUUCAAUUGUUUUUUUCCGAGAUACAGCUAUAAUAUUUCUUUGUUUAAUUGUGUUAAGAUACACACCGCGACUUACUCAGAUUGUUUGUGGGUUUUCUGCGGCUUUUCGUUAUAACCGAAUUAAUAAAGUGUUUCGUUGUUGUUUAAAUCUUGUGGCGUCUUCUAGUUUCCUAUUUCCACCUCUCGUAUAAUUUUAGUCACAACGAUUGGCCGCAAGGUUUGUCGUGAUCAGAUCUUUAAAAAUUUCAAGUAUGCCUGACGCAUUCAUUUGAAAAUUCUGUCUUUAGGUUGUUAACGUUGUGAAGCCUCGAGAUCCUCAGCCGGUAUUCAGUUGGUAUUAAAAGGAACUG